AUUUUGUAUGAAAAAUGUGGUGUCAGCUAUUUUAUAGGUAUAGAUUCUUAAUAAGGAUAGACAAAAAUGAUUCAUUUUUUCUUUAAAGGGAACACAUUUGCAUUGAGUGGGGUGAUUUGUUCAGCGGGAAAAAUCAUUGUUUGUGGCAAGAUUUUUUAGUCUUAUAAUCUUUGUACUUAACCUCGGUUGAUGAAAUGCAUAAACUUUGGAAAGUAUUGGCAUAUCGUAGAUCCUCCUCAACCCCUUAUCUAAGGCGUUUCCAAUUCCAAACGCAUUCAUCUACAUCUUCAUAUUCUUCUUCUCCACCAAGCGAGGAUCAUGUUUCACAGCUGAUACUGGACCAGAAAUCUGCUACCCAAGCGUUGGAAUGCUUCAGAUGGGCGUCCACCGUCCCCAACUUCGCCCAUUCUCAAUCCACAUACCGCGCCUUGAUCCACAAGCUCUGCACAUUCCGCCGUUUCGACACUGUCAAGCAACUGCUCGACGAAAUGCCCCAAUCACUCGGUGCACCACCCAAUGAUGCCAUCUUUGUCACCAUCAUCCGCUGCCUCGGCCGGGCGCGGAUGAUUAGAACUGUAAUCAAAGUGCUUGACUUGGCGUACAAGUUCCACGGCAGCCCCUCCCUCAAGAUUUUCAAUUCAAUUUUGGAUGUGCUUGUGAAGGAGGAUAUUGACAUGGCUAGGGAGUUUUAUAGGAAGAGCAUGAUGGCGAGUGGAGUUGAGGGGGAUGAUUACACUUUUGGGAUUUUGAUGAAAGGACUGUGCCUCACUAAUAGGAUAGGUGAAGGUUUUAAGCUCUUGCAGCUUAUUAAGUCCAGAGGGGUUACUCCAAACACUGUGGUUUACAACACUUUGCUUCAUGCACUUUGUAGGAAUGGGAAGGUUGGGAGGGCUAGGAGCUUGAUGAGUGAGAUGGAGGAGCCUAAUGAUGUUACCUUUAAUAUUUUGAUAUCUGGGUACUGUAAGGAAGGGAAUUCAGUUCAGCCUCUUGUCCUGCUGGAGAAGAGUUUUAGCCUGGGAUUUGUGCCUGAUGUUGUCACUGUUACUAAGGUGCUGGAAAUUCUAUGCAGUGCUGGCCGCGCCACAGAGGCCGCCGACGUUUUAGAGAGAGUUGAGAGCAUGGGAGGUUCGCUAGAUGUUGUGGCUUACAACACCUUGAUAAAGGGGUUUUGUGGAGUGGGGAAGGUGAAGGUUGGACUUCAUUUUUUGAAGCAGAUGGAGAGCAAAGGCUGUCUUCCAAAUGUGGAUACCUACAAUGCACUGAUAUCUGGCUUUUGUGAAUCUGGGAUGUUGGAUUUGGCUCUUGAUCUUUUUAAUGAUAUGAAAAUAGAUGGGAUCCAAUGGAACUUUGUUACAUUUGACUCAUUAAUUAGGGGUCUGUGCUCAGAAGGAAGAAUUGAAGAUGGUUUUUCUAUUUUGGAGCUAAUGGAGGAAAGCAAAGAAGGCUCUAAAGGGCGCAUCAGUCCUUACAAUAGCAUAAUAUAUGGCCUGUUUAAGCAAAAUCGAUUUGAUGAGGCAGCUGAGUUUCUAACAAAGAUGGGGAACAUGUUCCCUAGAGCUGUUGACAGAAGCCAGAAGAUUUUAGAGCACUGCAAGAAGGGGUCUAUUGAGGAUGCAAAGAGGGUAUAUGAUGAGAUGACUGAUGAAGGUGGAAUUCCAAGUAUUUUAGUUUAUAACUGCCUUGUUCAUGGAUUUUCCCAACAGGGUAGUAUCCGAGAGGCAGUUGAGCUGAUGAAUGAAAUGAUUGCUCAUAACUGUUUUCCUAUUCCAUCUACAUUCAAUGCUGUCAUCACGGAAUUUUGCAGACAGGGAAAAGUUGAGAAUGCCUUGAAGUUGGUGGAAGACAUCACCUCAAGAGGUUGUGCACCCAAUACAGAAACAUACAGUCCUCUGAUUGAUGUCUUAUGUAGGAAAGGGGACCUUCAAAAAUCCAUGCAGGUCUUUAGAGAAAUGGUAGACAAGGGCAUCCUUCCUGACCCUUUUAUUUGAAAUUCACUACUACACUGUCCGAAUCAAGAAAGAAGGGUCAAUAAGAAUAUAUUCAACAUAGAUGACAUACUCUAGUACUCAGGUGGAUAUUGCAAACUCUGUCCCACAAUCAGUUUCUUAGCUUCAUACUCUUAAUACUCCCCACAUAUUAAGUAUUCAAGAAUUGUUUAUUUGGUUUGAUUUCCACCGAUGGGUUUUAAAUCUAACACCAAGUGUUUUGGUCGUUUA